ACUGGUAUAAUACUUACAGGGGGCUCACACAGAUAUCUUUUGCAUUGGAGUGUGAGUCUGAUCACCAUGCGCGAAAUUGUUCAUCUUCAGAUCGGACAGUGUGGGAAUCAGAUCAGUUCAAAGUUUUGGGAAGUUAUCAGUGACGAACAUGGUAUCAGUGCAAAAGGAAUCUAUGAGGGGGACAUGGACCUUCAGCUGGAAAGGAUCAGUGUCUACUUUAAUGAAGCAAAUAGUGGGAAGUAUGUCCCCCGGGCACUGCUGGUGGAUUUGGAGCCAGGAACAAUAGACAGUGUGAGGGGAAGUCAUAUUGGAGAACUUUUCAGGCCUGACAACUUUAUACAUGGGAAUUCUGGGGCUGGAAAUAACUGGGCAAAAGGUCACUACACAGAGGGGGCAGAGUUGGUCGAGCAAGUAGUAGAACGUGUCCGUAAUGAAGCUGAAAUCUGCGACUGCUUACAGGGCUUCCAGUUUGUUCACUCUUUGGGCGGUGGUACUGGCUCAGGCAUGGGCACCUUGCUCAUCAACAAAAUCCGUGAAGAGUUCCCAGACCGAAUCAUGAAUAGCUUUAGUGUCAUGCCUUCUCCUAAAGUCUCUGACACAGUAGUGGAGCCAUAUAACGCUACACUGUCUAUUCACCAACUGAUUGAGAAUACAGAUGAGACAUUCUGCAUCGACAAUGAAGCACUUUAUGAUAUCUGCUUCCGUACCCUCAAGCUCACCACACCAACAUAUGGAGAUCUCAAUCACCUUGUAUCUAUGACUAUGAGUGGGGUCACAACUUCUCUGCGCUUCCCUGGUCAGCUGAAUGCUGACCUCCGUAAGCUGGCGGUCAACAUGGUGCCCUUUCCCCGGCUUCACUUCUUUAUGACUGGGUUUGCUCCUCUCACUCCACGUGGAAGUCAACAGUACCGGGCACUUACUGUUCCCGAACUCACCCAACAGAUGUUUGAUGCCCGGAACAUGAUGACAGCAUGUGACCCUAGACAUGGCCGCUACCUCACUGUCGCAGGAGUAUUUCGCGGUCACAUGUCCACUAAAGAGGUGGAUGAACAAAUGCUCAAUGUUCAGCAGAAAAACAGCAACUACUUUGUGGAAUGGAUUCCUCACAAUGUUAAAGUGGCGGUGUGUGACAUCCCACCACGUGGCCUUAAAAUGGCAUCGACCUUCAUUGGAAACAAUACAGCCAUCCAAGAGAUUUUCCGACGAGUUGGGGAGCAGUUUGCCGUAAUGUUCCGCCGCAAGGCAUUUCUGCAUUGGUACACAGGAGAAGGCAUGGAUGAGAUGGAGUUUACAGAGGCAGAGAGCAACCUGAAUGAUCUAGUAUCUGAGUACCAACAAUAUCAGGAUGCCACAGCCGAGCUGGAUUGGGAGCCAGAGGAAGAAAUGACAGAGGUGGAGGGAAGUGCUGCAACAGUACCAAGCACCAGGGAAACUGAGACAGUGAGUGAAACUUAGUCUAGUAAACAGUUUUAAUGAAGAGGGUCGUUUUAAGCAACUGUGCUAUAUCUUGACUAUCAAAAAAUAUUAAUUUGAAAAUAUAUCUUAUUGUUACAAUGUAUUGAUUUAAAAUGGUAAAUUAAUAUUAUUCCUGUUAUUUUCAUUAAAAAUAAUACUUCCUACUUAAUUGUAAUGAAUGAUUACUUGUAAACUUUGUGUUUAUUAUAUUUGGAGUCACUUUUGCAUUAUGUAAUAUGUAUUAACCAAUAUUGUUUUAAAGAUUUACUAAAUGUAGAAAAUAAAAUGUAUAAAGAAAAUAAAUGUUACAUAUUUAUUAUAUUAUAUAUUUACAUAUAUACAUAUAAUAUAUAUUUUUACAACGUUAAAUUAAAAUAAAAAGAAAUCGUUAUAUAAAAAAAGGAAAGGAAAAAAAGUGAAGAAAAAUAUAUAUUCUAUUUUUUGUAGUCAAAUCAGCUAAUAACCCAAUGAAUGUACAAAAGGCAACUCCAGCCUUCCAAACAGGCAGUCUGACAGGACAUGAUAGCUCUGUAGAUACUGAUAAGCAGUGCAGAAAAAAACUCUAAUACUCCAACUCCAACUGUAGAUUAGAGAAAAAGCUGCUGUAAGUGAUACUGCCAACUUGUCUCUAGACAACUGAAAAAAGAUCACCCCUCCCCUCAGUCAUUUUUCACUUCUUACAAACACAUGUACAUGUUUAGAGCAUAAAAAAAAUGUAAGCAUAAUACUGCAGAAAAGUUCACAACUGGAGAAAAUGUAGUGUUGACACAUGCAGUUUGGAUGACUCGAACGUCCACAUACACCACACUUUUUUUUGGCCAAAAUUUAAGCAAAUUAUAUGAAAUGGAUACAUAUAUUUAAUCUUUUGUGAUAAACUUUGCAAGUUGGUGGAAGCACAGUGAAUAUAGUUAUGUUUCUACCUAAUGGCAACUAAUAAAAUUGAAAAAGGCAGCUAAACAUCUUCUCAUAUUUGAAACAGAUAUAAAGGUUAAUUUCCACAGAAAUGAGAGCUUGAUUUGUGUUUUUAUAUCCUAGCCUAUUAGCUGAGAAUGACCACUUCGUGCAUAGCAAAUAAAAUGGACUCAAAAUGGACGUUGCUAAGCUAAAAUUUUGGCUUACUGCUGUUUAACAUUCUCAACUUGAAAUCAAUUUAAAAUGUGAUUGUAUGAUAAGUGUUAUAAGUAUAUUAGUAUUUAUGGUUGUGUAGUGUUUGUACACUUGCCACUCUUAAACUUGGUACUUAAACAAAUAGCACUACACAUCUGCUGAACGGGCAAAUCAUUGAAGACAAAAGGUUGGUCUCUGACAGUACUGUAUAUUCCUUGACUACUCAUUUAACAUAUUUACAUUAAAACAAAUUAUUUACAAAUUCAAAACUUUACUGGUUAAAACUGGUUAGAGACAUGGAACAUGAAAACAACAUUUUGUUUAAAGUUUCUAUGGUUACCAAAGGACUAUUACCAGGAUACCAGCAAAGAGCAACCUAGCCCCACUUUGGUUUUCUCACAAUCGCUUAACCCAGUUUUAGACAACACCCAAAUUAACUUAUCUUUAUCACCAUGUAUGCCCCAAAGGCUGUGAGAAAUUCUUAAUUGGACCCAAAACAGAAAAAAUACUAAAGACAUUUUAUUUGUCAUUUAAUUGAUUUUAAAGAGGACUCAUUCAGCAUAUAUGCUGAAUAUGUAUAUAUAUACAUAUAUAUGUACAUAUAAAUGUGCUAAUAUUUAUUUAUAAAUCAAUAAUAAAAAGGCAUUUCAGAUAUUUUUGGAGUAUCUAAAACUUGUUGACGUUUCAGAUCAGAGGAGACAGGUAAUUUAAUAGUGUUCAGAAGUACUUUAUUAUGAAAACAUGGUGAGACUCAGUUGCUGUUAAGUUUUUUUUUUUUUUUUUUGCUUUGUUUUUUGUCCUAAUCUACAUUUUAAAAUUUGUUGCUGGUAUGAUUUAAAUAGACCUUAUUUGUAUAUGUUUUAAAGCUGAUUUUUAAGGCAGAAAACUAAAGUAGAAAAAAUGCAUUCAUGUAUAAAAUAUUACACAUAACUAAAUUAAGACUGCAUUUUCAGCUUGAUUACAUGCAUACUUAAUGUAUUAUCUUUUGUUAGACUAUUGAAGUUCCAUAUUUGUUAGUAGUUACUAGGGAUGCACCAAAAUGAAAAUUCUGGGCCGAAAACGAAACCGAAAUUUUUGGAUGCACUUGGCCGAAAACCGAUACCGAAACCGAAAAUGGCUUCAUUAAAAAACAUGUUUAAAAUAUUUUCUUUUUGUUUGUAUUAAAAAAAUGUUGCAUAUUGCAACUUUGCUGUCCUCAUCUGAAACUUUGAAGUGCUUCCAAACCGCCGACAUACUCCGUGUUUGAUGCGUAAUGACAGCGCGAACGAGACGGGAGGAUGGGAGAGGCGUGGCGACACUUUCGGCUUUUAUUUUCUGCGCUUUCUUACGUUUCGCCCGAAACCGAUAAUGCUAUUUCGGCCGAAAAUUUUCGGCGGCCGAAAUUUCGGUGCAUCCCUAGUAGUUACCUUGUCUCAUG